CGCUCUUACGACAUUCUUGGUUCAUUAUUUCGAUAGUGCGUACCUCAGCUUGCCAGUGAGGGAGGCCUCUCGCUCAGCCUUGAAACAAUCAAGCGUUUUAGUUCGCGAGCUUGCCAACUUACACUGCAAAUUUAGCUCACACACCCUGCCGUCAUAUAAACUUUAUUUUUACUGGUAUUUUCCUUCUGUGUUGUGCAUAUUCAAAAACGAGCCCUCGAGUUUCUAGGAUCAGUGCACAUUGCCGCUCGGAAAGCAAAAGGUUAAAAUUGUUCGCCAAGAAAUUCGAAAACGACUAAAUAAAUCAUGGCUGCUGAGCUAGAGAAGAAGGAAUAUGACUUAGCUCCACUCAAAGAAUCAAAAUUGCCUAUCAUAUGGGUACUAGGGGGACCGGGGUCUGGCAAGGGCACACAAUGUGACAAGAUCGUGGCGAAGUACGGCUACACCCACCUGUCGACAGGAGAUCUGCUGAGAAACGAAGUGCAGUCCGGUUCCGAGCGAGGAAAGAAACUAAAUGCGAUUAUGGAGCAAGGCGAACUCGUACCGUUGGAUUCAGUACUGGGUCUGCUCGCGGAAGCUUUGCUUGCCAAUGUGACGUCAUCUAAAGGGUUCCUUAUCGACGGCUACCCACGAGAACUUGAACAGGGCCUCACAUUCGAAGAGCAAAUUGCUGAGUGCACAGUAAUAUUAAAUUUCGACGUUAGCCCCGAAACAAUGACGAAACGUCUACUUCAUCGAGCGCAAACUUCGGGGCGGGUAGACGAUAACGAGGAGACCAUAAAGAAACGCCUGGACACGUUCAGCAAGCACAGCAAGCCCGUCAUUGAACACUUCUUCAGCAAGUGUAAGACGGUCAACGCUGAAAGAGAUCCCGCUGAAAUCUUCAAAGACGUUGAAGCUUGUCUGGACAGUCUGAAGACUGCAGCUUAAGUGGCGAAUGUAAAUGACAUUUAAGACACAAAGAGACAUCCAACUUUGGAUGUUGCAAUUUUUAAACAUGCGGGUACCAGCUCUGACUUCCCUAAACUAAUUAUACACACUGUUGUAACUGAGCAGAUUUUUUGCAUAUUGGCUUGCACGUUGAAAAAGCUACAUGUGGAACCAAUUAGAGAGCUUUUUAAAAUAAUAUUACCUAAUAUAAGCGUGUAAGCAGUUGAACUUAGAAGCCUAAUAACACACUCUUUGAAAAUGUGUUCACUUGUAUUUAUUAAGUAUAAUUAGACGAUUCAGUUUAUUCAAGCAUGUUUUUAUAUAUAUAUAUAAUAUUAAAAGACUGCUUUCAAAACUUUUCACACCUAAGAGACAUUAUAUGGCUCCUGAAUUUAGAAAAGGCCUAUGUAUGGGUUCUGAAAAAGACUCAAGUACUUUAAAUCACUUACUAUUUUAAGCAAAAUUUUAAAAAAAAUAUUUCAGAUAUACAUAAAUACACAACGUAAAAUAUAAAUGUCAGGAGGAGAUAUUUAUAGAUUCUUUAAUUUAGCAAUCAUGCUCAUCAAAACAUAAGAAAUACAAGUAUUAUCUUAUAUGUGUCUGUUCGAAAAUGGCUAUCUUCUGGGUUGUUGCGCCGUGUAGUCUGGUAGAAGUUUACCGACGUUUCAGAGGUAAGUACUCAUCGCCCUGAUCAUGGAGGCAGCAAGGACAUCUGAAACGUCGGUAAACUUGUACUAGACUACAUGGCGCAACAACCCAGAAGACAGCCAUCUUCAGAAUCACAGCCGAAAAAACCACAAAUCCUACAUUAUCGACAAAAUCUAAAAGGUAAAUGUUUAAGAAAAAUGCAAUUUGAACUAAAUGUACAGAAAGUACUAGGUUGUUAAAACAACGAUAAUAGUAAGCAAAACACCAAGACUACUUGCCGCCUUGGAUUUUGAUAAAUUAGUUUAAUAUCGAAGGCUUGAAUAAGUCAAAUAUCUUGAAGCCGUAAUCCAGUUCCAAUUUGGCAUUGAAUGUUUUCUAUUUCAACUACAGCUCCUAACUUUAAAUAUGUGCUCAUACAGUUAAACUUCGCGAGAAAAGCAGCAACAAUUUUAUGUUUAUUCGUUUUUUUAUACAUACAUUAUUGAAUUUUUACUGUAUUAAUACAGCUGGCCUGCCGUUUAAAAGUACGCCCUCAGUGAUGAAUUAGUACAAUUUGUUCAGACUCAAGAAGUUCUUAUUUGUUUUUAAUAAUUUGUGUCCACGAGCAUAUUUCUGAUGAAUAUCUUGGUGUAAGUAAUAGUGUAUGUUGUAAGAGAGGUAUAUAAAUCAGACAGAAACACCCUGGAGUGUCUAAAUAGCGUCAAUAGCACACCUGCAGAAACCAAUAGACAUUCAUUCUCUGAUAUUCUUCACCACUGGAAGUUUCCAAUUCAAUUCAAUCUUCUGGAAACAUAUUUAUGAAUACUGUUAAAACAUUACGCUAUAAGAUUGCUGUCUUCUGGGUUGUUGCGCUGUGUAGUCUGGUCAAUGUUAACCAACGUUUCAGAGGUCAUACUGCCUCCGUCAUCAGGGCGAUGAACAUCUACCAAACUACACAGCGUAACAACCCAGAAGACAGCAAUCUUCAAAGUCACCGCUGUGAAAACCUCAAAUCCUACACAACGCAAUAAAUUAUCUGGACACGAA